AUGUCCACCUCGGCCGUCGCAUCAACAACCGGCUCCGCCGCCGCCGCCCCGACCGCGACCUCAAUCUGCUCCGCGAACCUCUACGACUCCCCGACCCAGGACUCCAACUGCGCCAUGCCCUACGGCGGCAACCACACCGACAUCAUGAAGAAGUGCUGCAAGAACGCCGACAUUGUCUCCUACUACGACAACUGCGGCCUCUACUGCCUCGCCCUCGACCAGACCGUCGCCGACCUCACGAAGUGCCUCUACGACAACGGCGCCGCCGACAACGCCGUCUUCUGCCGCGGCAACACCACCUCCUCCGCCACCGGCUCCGCGAACGGCCAGCCCCCGGCCUCCGCCUCCGCCAGCGUCGUCGUCACCGGCGGCAGCUCCAGCGGCGACAGCAGCAAGACCGGCAGCGCCAGCGGCGGCUCCUCCACCAGCUCCGGCAACGCCGCCGCCGGCCUGUACGCCCCCUCCGGCGUGAGCACCCUGGGCCUGACCGUCGGCGCCCUGCUGCUCUCUGCUGCGACCUUCGGCGCGCUCCAGAUCUAA